UAAUGAUCAGAGUGCUUUGAGUAUUUCACUCACAGAUUGUUCGUGUAUGCUCUUAUUUUGAAGUACCUAACCGGAAGUGUAAUCGGUUUAAACGCUAGCUGGUGUCUCCGCUCAGUCAGUGAAGAAGCAGCAUGGAUAAAAUGAGGAGGAUCCUGGUUCAUGUUUGUAAAGACCGAGCAGCUCCACAGCGAGCUCACUUUGUUCAGAGCAUAACGGGUCACUUCAGUGACUGUGGUGAUGACGAGGUGGAGGUGAACUGCUCACUGGAGAAAAACCAGUUUGUCCUUUACAGAGGAGACAAAGGACAAGGGACACCUCUGAAGAGGCCCGCCUUCUGUCCCAUCAAACACCUGUCAGUCACAGAGGCCGCUGCGAUCCCAUUGGACGUUCAGCAGCGUGGAGUAGACGUGGGCGUGGCCAUCAUCCUGCAGACAGCCAAUCAGAGAGUGUUGCUGACACGGCGGGCGAAGGAGCUUCAUGUGUUUCCCAAUGUCUGGGUUCCUCCAGGCGGCCAUCUUGAGCCAGAUGAGACGCUGCUGGAUGCAGGACUCAGGGAGUUAACGGAGGAAACUGGACUCAAACUGGAACCAGAAGGAGUUUCUCCAAAAAUACUGGGCCUCUGGGAGUCAGUGUAUCCUCCCAUGUUGUCCAGAGGACUUCCUCGGAGACAUCACAUCGUCGUCUACAUGCUGCUGCUGUCCCCCCUCUCUCACCUGCAGCUACAGGCGUCUCUGAGUCCGUCUCCUGCUGAGGUCAGUGCCUGUCUGUGGGCCGACAGCCGGCUGGUCAGAGCCGUCGUGUCCGCCAUGGACGGAGAGGACGCCGAGGUUCAAACGGACGACCUGCCGAGCAGCGUCAGUGUGUCGCAGGUCUCUACAGAGGGAGCUCUGAGCGACUCCACUCUGCCUCUGGAAGUGUUCGUCAGCAGGGCGCCGGUCAGCGGCCCGGACGUGGAGCGGGUCAGCACCGGGACCAAGUUCGCCCUGGAGCUGUGGCUGAGGAGCCUGGAGACCCCCGACCCCUGACCUCUGACCCCUCACACCCUGCAGGAAGCAUCAGGAAGUACUGCACUGGAUCAGAGAAAUGUGACUUUUAUAAUGUUGAAUCUCAUCUUUACUUUUUAAUAAAACACCCCUGAAACAGAGAUGGCUCUCUAACUAACAGCUGAGGCUUCAGACCAGCACAUGGCAGCGUGGACAACCUGAAUCCUGACAUGAAGUGGAACCAGAGUUUAGCUACCUGGAGGAAUUUACGUGUUCCAGUUAAAAACAUACUCAUGGUGGGUAUUUAACUGGCUGAUUCUGUAAUUGUAAAGUCAAAGUAUUUAAUUUAAGUUUGAAUGCAUUAAAGUUAAUUUUAGUUAUU